AUGUCGCAGUCAGUACAGCCUAUCAUAAAAAUUUUCACUCCACCUUCGUCUCCACCUACAAUGAUAGGACAAGAGGAGUGGGAUAGUGUUGACGAUUUUUCCGUGGAUUCUUUGCAUGCUGAAGUGUCUUCUACUUCCACUUCACAAAGCACUUUUAUUCCUAGUUCACCUCCCGAAGAAAUAACUGGCGAUGAGCUUCCUAAUGAUUAUGAUGUACCCAAGAAUCCUUCAACCGAGCUUCUACAAAAAAUGGGGCAUUGGUUUUAUAACACGAGACUUGUUCAAUAUAUGAAAUCAGAUGAAAGGUCUAGGGUCAAAAAAAUAUAUUCAACGAAUUCAAUAUGGAUGCUUGGAAUAGAAUAUGAAUUUCCGGAGGAUUGCGGAUCCGUCAACCUUCCAAAAUUUGAUCGAGAUGAGAAAGCUCGAAGUAGUCGGGCGUCUUCAUUUUUAAAUUUAGUAUUCGGAUCAUCUGAAGAAGACGAAGAUUAUGAUGAUAUGUCUGUACAUGAUCUACAUCAUAAUGAUUGUCCUGUUCAAUCACAUAAAAUAGGCAAGUUUCGUUCUUGUCUGCAAACUACGUGUGGUGUUGACGGUCAGAAUUUAAGUGUGCCUCAUUCAACAAAAGUAACUCCCAAAGUUACUAUCAGCUCGUCGUCGACGCCAAAUAUAGUUAUCCAACGUUUAAGGUCAUUAUCGUUCUCCCAAAAAUCUCCUCCACCUGAAAAUAAAUCAUAUCCAGAUUUAUUGCAUUCAAAUAUUGAGAAUCGUGUUAACUCUGGAUCUUCGAACUCCGCGUAUCAUAGGCAAGCUGGUAAACGCUUUCAUUCGUUCUCGUUCGACAAAACAUCUGAUUCUUCAGAUAUUUCACAAACGGAUUCAAAAUCUUCAUCCGCAAUUAAAACUGAUAAUUCAAAGCUCUCACCUCCAUCGAACAAUCAUUUACAAGCUCCAAAUUCAAGGCGAUCUUCAAUUACUUCAAAUUUUUUACGUACCUUUUCAAUUUCAAAUCAAGGGAUUGAACCUUCAAAUGUCAUUGCUCACGGUGUCUUUUCGUCAAAGCCAAAAAAGCCUCGUAGAAUGACUUUUUCGGGAAUUUUCUCGGGUAAGGAGAAAAAUAAGCUUGGUAAUUCUUCACGGAAAUUAUAUCCACAUGCAGAAAUAGAAGGUGAUUUGGAUUCUAAAUUUUUUGGAAAUGAGUCAAAGCUUAAGUACACAAGUUUUGAAGAUAUUGAUAAUUCUAGAAAUCAGAUCGCCGAAGUUUCAUAUUCUGAAGAUAUAUUAUAUAGCUCUGGAGAUAGUGAUGAUAGCGACACCAACACAAGAACUGAAGAAGUUGAACUGGAUGCACUUUCUGGUGACAAUAUUUCUGUGGAAACCGUAACAAGGGAGUCAAUUGCACGAAGAGAAAUCAAACGUUUUGAUUUAUCUAGAGAUUCUGAUAACAAAGGUGUCUUGGAUGAUAAUUUACAAUCUCGAAAAACAAACUUGCAAGUUAAUACAAAUAUUUGGCAUGAACGAAAGUUAUCCGAUACUGGAUCUGUUCGGUCAACUGGCUCAUUUCAAUCAAUAUCAACACCAACUAGUCUUUAUAAGCCUGACUCACUUGGUCCAUUGUCACUAAAUCAGAAAAAGUUGAUGGACUUUUAUUUGGACUUUCAGUCGAGAAUUUUUUGUUGUUAUCGGAAAGAUUUUCUUCCUAUCGAGCCGGCUUUUCAUACCACCGAUACAGGUUGGGGUUGUAUGCAUAGAACUGGUCAGAGUUUAUUAGCUCAAGGGUUUUUAUGGACUCUUUUAGGGAGAGACUGGCGGUUACACAAUCCACAAACAGAAUCUGACACAUUAAUAUAUCGCAAGAUUUUGCGAUGGUUUAUGGAUGGCCCAGAGCCUGAACAAUACUAUUCUAUUCAUAACAUCGCACGUACGGGUAUUGUAUUUGAUAAGAAGAUUGGUGAUUGGUUUGGUCCCGCUACUGUAGCACACGUAUUAAAGAGAUUAUCUUUGAAUCAUAAAGAAUGCCCGCUAAGUAUUUAUGUCCCAACGGAUAACAACAUAUAUAGGACAGAGGUGAUUAAUAUAGCUAUGGUAGAACAUGAUAACAAUUUAUUAUGUGAUCAAAAGGCUUGGAAGCCUAUACUUAUAUUACUAUCUAUUAGAUUGGGUACUGAUAGAUUUAAUCCAAGUUAUUCUGAAAACUUGAAGAUUAUGUUUACUUUUCCUCAAUUCUUGGGAAUCGCAGGCGGUAGACCGAGAAAGUCUUUAUAUUUCGUAGCAGUUCAGGAUGAUGAGUUCUUUUAUCUUGAUCCACAUUUUGUCCGACCUGCAAUAAAUCUCAGUAAAACCCCAGAAUUUCCGAUUGAAGAUUACCAUUCUACAAUCGUUCGAGCAAUGGAUAUUACUGAAAUGGAUCCCUCGAUGCUUUUGGGAUUUUUGUGUCAAAGGCCUCAGGAUUUUGAUGACCUUUGCGAACGAGUUAAACAG